AUGGCUGCAGUAGAAACAUCCACGUCGACCAGGGAGGAGGUGUUUGGUGGAACGGAGGGCCAGUACCUUCUACCCCACCAUAUCUCCGAAAUUGACCGCUUGAAGAGGCAGCAUGAACAUACCAAAAUCUGCUGUGAUGGCAACCUGCUGGGAUUUGCCCUGCCAGAGUCCAACAAGCCCCUCGAGGUACUUGACAGCGGCUGUGCAGACGGGACUUGGCUUCUUGACUUGGCCAGUGACUACCCUUACAAACAGCUUGGUCUGCACGGAAUUGACAUUGGCUCCAACUUGUUCCUGGCAAAUCCCCAUCUCGAUCUUCGCCAGCAUGACCUUCUCCAGCAGUUUCCUGAGAGCUGGGGCUGGAAAGACCAUUUCGACGUCAUCAACCAGCGUUUCUUGGUCUGGGGUCUGAAGGAAACCGAGUGGCCUCGUGUUCUAGAAAACCUUGGAAAUGUUUUGAAGCCCGGCGGUCGCAUCCAGUUGGUUGAGUGCAAAUGGAUCUUCCCAGAGCUAUGGGAGACCCACCCCGAGCAGCACAAACUGGCUUUAACCCAGAUCUGGUCCACCUCGACUGCAGGAAUGGACAUCUAUGUCGGUGAAAAGCUGGCCGAUAUGUUGCAGGAGCUUGGGUACGAAGAUGUGACGACUGUCCCUUAUCAGUUUGGAUACGGAGCAAAUGCGAAUAAUGAAAAAGACCGCAACUCGUCGGCUGAGCUCUGGGUGGAGAGCUUCCGGCAUCUGGCUGGUCGGAUGGGUGGUUCGUAUUAUUCCUGA